AUUGGGCCUUAAAAAGCUCGGAGAGAUAGAAAGAUAGAGAGAAGAAGAGAGGCAGAGAGAGUAGUAGUCUAGUCUAGUCCCUUGGCGCAGACAAUGGCGAGAGCAGCUUGUAGCAGCGUCGUCACGGCUCUGACUUUGCUUCCGUCCAAGUCUCAUCAUCUCUUCAGAAACCAGUUCACCUUCUCCGGAAAACCAAACAAGUUCGUCGGAGUUUUGACUCUUGAGAAGCGAUGCUUUUCCUCCACAGUAAGAAUGAGCCUCAAAGCCGGAAUCGUCGGUCUUCCCAAUGUCGGCAAAUCCACUCUCUUUAACGCCGUCGUGGAGAAUGGAAAGGCUCAAGCAGCUAAUUUCCCGUUUUGCACAAUUGAGCCGAAUGUUGGCAUCGUGGCUGUUCCUGAUUCUCGUCUUCAAGUGCUCUCUAAGCUCAGCAACUCUCAGAAAGUGGUCCCUGCUUCCAUUGAGUUCGUUGACAUUGCUGGUCUCGUCAAGGGUGCUAGUCAAGGCGAAGGUUUAGGGAACAAGUUCUUGUCUCACAUCCGUGAAGUAGAUUCAAUCCUCCAGGUGGUGCGCUGUUUCGAGGACAACGACAUUAUUCAUGUCAAUGGCAAAGUUGAUCCCACUUCAGACAUUGAUGUCAUCAAUCUCGAGCUUAUCUUCUGCGACUUGGACCAGAUUGGUAAACGUAUCGAGAGGCUUAACAAAGGCAAGGCUAAGGAUUCACAGUCUAAAGUCAAGGAGGAAGCUGAAAAAUCUGCUCUUCUGAGGAUCCAGGAGGCACUUCUGGACGGGAAACCUGCACGUUCCGUUGCGUUGAAUGACCUUGAGAAAGACGCUGUCAAGCAUCUAUGCUUGCUUACCAUGAAGCCUAUGAUCUACGUGGCUAAUGUUGCUGAAACCGAUCUUGCUGAGCCGGAAAAGAAUGCUUACGUUGAGCAAGUUAAGGGUCUUUCUUCGGAUUUGCAGUCUGGUCAUGUGGUUGUUUCAGCUCAGGUUGAGUCUGAGUUAACCGAGCUUCCUCUUGAGGAACGGACAGAAUAUUUGAACUCGCUAGGUGUCAGCGAGAGUGGUCUUGGGAACCUUAUCAGGGCAACGUACAGUCUGUUAGGUCUGCAGACCUACUUCACUUCUGGUGAAAAGGAAACAAGAGCAUGGACAAUACACGCAGGCAUGACUGCACCGCAAGCUGCUGGUGUCAUUCAUUCUGACUUUGAGAAGGGUUUUAUUAGAGCUGAGACUGUUGCAUAUGAAGAUUUUGUCUCUGCUGGCUCUCUAGCCGCAGCAAGAGAGAAAGGACUUUUGAGAUCAGAGGGGAAAGAGUACAUUGUUAAAGAAGGAGAUGUGAUGCUUUUCCGCUUCAACGUAUAACAGAUUAACAGAACGCUGAGAAGUCAGUCAUUUUGUUCACAGAAAAUCACAGGUUGCGUUUCUGCACGUCCUCUUUUAUAGCAUCGAAGGUUUCAUUGCUCUUGGUUUCAAAGAAUACAGUGGAUAUCUUUCUUUCAUUUUUACACUCCGAGAAAGUAAUUUGUUAUUAAAACAGAAGAUGAGAUGUAUUAGUUCUCUGUGAACAAGCAAUCUCAUGAGACUGCCAAUUGGAGUUUUAUCCAAUUUUUAUGUGAAAUGACACCGAUCAUAUAUAUGAAUCUCUU